GAUCAUUUUAAGCACUUCAAGCACUGCGACGUUUCUGGAUCACAUUCUCAAUUACUUAUACUAAAAUGCAAAUUAAAAUUGGAAUUUCACUGGGAUUGUUGCUGCUCUCGCUUGGAUUACCAGCUACCGAGGCUGGUAAAUAUUUGACCACGCAACCGUCUGAGUUGACACCCUGCCACUUGGGCGAUCCAAGUUUUGAAUCAUGUUUUACCAAAAAUAUGCAAACAAUAUUUAUUACCUGGAAUAAUGGACCACCUGGCUCCAACAAUUUGGGACCCUUUGACCCGCUUACCAUUAAGCGAUUGAAAAUUUCCCAGGCUGGCAACAAUGUGAUUACUAUCAAUGCAGAUUUUAAGAAUCUCGUAGUAAAGGGUGCUAGUCAAGCAGUUGUCAAGAAGGCCACCUACGAUCCCGACCGAGGUCUAGUGAAAGGUCUUUUGUCUAUUCCAAAACUAAGAUUUGAAUUCGACUAUAAAUUGAAAGGACAUGUGCUACUUCUUAAUCUGAAUGGUCAGGGCAAUGGCUUUUUUGAAACUGAAAAAAUAACAACCCUUGUUGAAGUUGUUGUUAAACCUCGAAUCACACCCGAUGCUAGCUUUUCCGAUGUGCAGAGUUCAAAAGUAACUUUCCCAGAGAUCGGAGGGUUUAGAAUCAAAUUGAAUAAUCUAUUUGGAAACGAUAAGCAACUGGAGGAAACAGCUCAUACAAUUUUUAAUGAGAACUGGCGUCAGUUCUAUGAUAUCUUGCAACCGGCAAUUGAGCAAGCCAUUCAAGCAGUGAUGCUCGAUCGGGCAAAUAAGAUUUUCAGCUACGUGCCAGCCAACUUCAUAAUUGAGAACUACCAUUAAGCGGUAUUACAUAUCUGAUAUUAGUGGCGUAAUGCAAUAUGCAGUAAUUAUUAAAUACAUUGUAUUAAUGUACAAAUAAUUGAUAACAAAGUGCAAUUAAAUGGAUCAUAAGAGAUUAA